UGCAAGAGAAUAUGAUAACCAAGCUCAACAGUCAUAUAUUGCAGCACCUAUAUUGUCAGAUGAAGAAGCUAAUAAACAAGAAUUAGUAAUCAUGGAUUUAGAUUAUCAAUUAGGAGAUCGUGAAAACCAAUUUGAGAACAAAGAUGAUGAAAUUUUAUUAUCAAGUAAAUGGGAUACAGAUUUUAGUUUAGGAGGACGAGAAAAAUAUUCUGCUAAUGAUGAAAUGGCCAAAUGGUCUUUAGAAUCACUUUUUCUUCCUUCCUUAGAAAUGCCACUGUAUUUUGAUUUAGAACUAACUUCAAAUAGAUAA